CACAGCUGUGGCUGUCGCAGGCUAAACACGUUUACUAUUACAGUGGCUAUUCACGACAAAGGCGAAACAGGGACCAAAGAAGACCAGAGGGACUUUGUUCAAGUGCUGAUAUGGAGCAGAUCGCAUCAGCAGGCAGGCCUGUGCAGAUCACUGUGAUAGGUGGAUAUGAACUGAAAGGUUCUAAAGGAGAUACCCCAGUUACCUUUAUUCGUGCAGAAUUUAAUCAGGCAGUUCUGGGAGACUCUGCAAAAAUUACUGUUUCUUCAGAAGGAACUGCAAAAUACAACUUCACUUGCAGUUUUGAGUUCAAUCCUGAAGGAGGAAUCACUUUAGAUGACCUCGCCCACAAACCUGUGUUCUUGACUAUGACUGAAGUUUUACCAAAGGAAAAGAAGCAGAAAGAUGAGAAGACCUUAGUCCUUGGUCAAGCUGUGGUGGACCUGCUUCCUUUAGUGGAAGGAGAGAGUUCAUUUGGAACAAUCGUCCCACUGCACCCUGUUCCAGGCUCUCCCUUAGAGCCUCUUCAACCAGGUGUCAAGCAGUGCAGUCUGGAAGUUAAAGUAUCUGUGGCAGAGCCAUUAUUGACAGCAGCCCAGAUCUCAGGAGGAAAUCUACUGAAGGUCACAUUGGAGGCUGCCUACUCUGUGCCUGAAUCCUUCGUGCCAACAGGGCCUGUGCAGAACUACAUGGUUGGUCUGCAAGUUCCAUCAACUGGAGAGAAAGACUAUCCUAUUUUCUUCAAGAAUGGAACUCUGAAGCUUGGAGGGGAAAGAGAACCUACUCCCCGGCCCAAAAAAUGGCCUAUUGCCAACAUUCUGGCUCCAGGAGCUAAUAACAUUCCUGAUGCAUUCAUUGUUGGUGGGCCCUACGAGGAAGAAGAUGGAGAACUCAAUCACCCUGAGGACAGGGAAGUGAGGAUCCAAUCAGAGUGCUUAAAGAAAAGGAUCACUUGGGACUUGGAAAGUCGUUGCUACCUUGAUCCUCCUGCAGUGGUCAGCUUUCAGAAGCGAAUUGCUGAUUGCCGAUUGUGGCCUGUAGAGAUCACCAGAGUUCCUCUAGUUACUGCACCCAAAGGGAAAGCUACCAAACUUGAUAAGAUGGAUGAUGAAAAUGCGCUUUCAUUUCAUGGUGUGGCUUAUGUUAAUAUGGUCCCAUUGCUGUAUCCAGGUGUGAAGAGGAUUCGGGGAGCUUUUCGUGUUUACCCUUAUCUAGACAGCAUGGUCUAUGAAAAGACCAAAUGUUCAUUUAGCUUGUUCCGGGAUACUGGGCAUAAUUUGCUUCAUAAUAACAAAGUAGGAGGAAUUAAUUCUCCAUUGUCCAAACCAGUUGUUUCUAAGAACCUGAAAGAAGAUAAAAUAGUAGAAAAAGAUAUAAAAGGAAGGCCUAGAUCUGGGGAUAUGCCAGCAUCUGGUGUAAAAUCUCAGAGCUCAGAUACAGCUGUGGAAAUUCUGGAAGCCACUCCAAACUACAAUCCAGAAGGACAGCAAUAUGUAGAAGCAGGGACAUACAUCGUGUUGGAGAUUCAGCUGAACAAAGCCUUGGUUCCAAAGCGAUUGCCAGAGGAGCUGGCCCAACGGUGUGUAGCAAUGUUCUCAUACUUGUUUUACAAAAGCAAUUUAGAUUUUGAUGUUGACAAGACCAUGCCAGAUGAUAUCCAAGGUGCUGUCCCAACCAUUCAUAAGAGUAGUGAACAGCUUCGACUCUUUGCAUUUGAAGCAGAAGUCAAUGAGAACUUCGAAAUGGCAGCAAUGUAUUAUGAAGAGAGGUUGGUUCGUGAGCCCCAGAACCUGGAACACUGGCUGGACUAUGGUGCCUUCUGCCUCCUAACUGAGGACAACAUCAAAGCUCAGGAGUGCUUUCGGAAAGCCCUUUCCCUCAACCAGAAUCAUAUCCACAGCUUGCUGCUGUGUGGUGUCCUGGCUGUCCUGAUGGAGAACUAUGAACAGGCAGAAAUUUUCUUUGAGGAUGCUACUUGCUUGGAGCCAACCAGUGUUGUAGCCUGGACUUUACUUGGUUUAUACUAUGAAAUUCAAAACAAUGACAUUCGAAUGGAAAUGGCAUUUCACGAGGCCUUUAAACAGCUUCAGGCACGAAUGCUUCAGGCGCAAUUAAUGAAGAAUGCUGGUACCUUAGACGCUGAAACCAAAGUAUCCGUGCAGAAGAGCACUGGUGUGGUGGAGCGCAUUGAGGAAGGAGGAAAAGCAGAAUCCAGUUUAGGACCGUGGGGAGUCACUAGUGGUUCUUCUACAACAGCAAGCAAGGCGGAACCGUCAGCAGGAUCAGGAGCUCCGUUUUCUGUUCUAGAUGGAUUUCUUGAAGAAUCCUCCAAACUGCAGUCACAUUCACAAGAACGAAUUUUUCCUGUACCAUCUCAGGAUCCAGCAGUCAACCCAAACCCAUCCAACUUAUUUCCCAAGGAGAUACUAAAAAGAGACGCAUCAAAAUGUCUGGGUUCAUCAGUUUUUCUGCAUCCUACCCCUGUUAGUGUUUCCCAAACUCCUACCACCAUCUUCAUGGAGACCAUACGCUUCUUGAUGAAGGUCAAUGCUGUACAGUAUGUGCACAGAGUCCUUGCACAUGAGCUGUUAUGUCCUCAAGGAGGCCCCAGCUGUGAGUAUUACUUGGUGCUGGCUCAGACACACCUUCUCAAGAAGGACUUUGUCAAGGUAGAGGAAUGCCUUCAACAAGCAGCCCAGAUGGACUACCUGAACCCUAACGUCUGGGGUCUGAAGGGCCAUCUCUAUUUUCUGAGAGGAGAUCAUGCUGAGGCCAAGGCAUGCUAUGAGAGAACCAUUAGUUUUGUAGUGGAUGCUUCUGAGAUGCACUUCAUCUUCCUGCGACUGGGGCACAUCUAUCUGGAAGAGAAAGAGUAUGAAAAGGCAAAGAAAACCUACCUGCAAGCCUGUAAGAGAUCACCUUCAUGCCUUACCUGGCUGGGACUGGGAAUUGCCUGUUAUCGGCUGGAGGAGAUCUCGGAGGCAGAGGAUGCUCUCUCGGAAGCCAAUGCAUUGAACAACAACAAUGCUGAGGUGUGGGCAUAUCUGGCCCUGGUCAGCCUGAAAGCUGGACGGCAACUGGAAGCUGAGCAAGCCUACAAGUACACGAUGAAGCUAAAACUGAAAGAUGAAAGACUGAUUGCAGAGAUCCACAUGUUACAGGAGACUGUUGGCUUUGGAAACCCAUCUUUCUGACUCCGUCCAGCUGAAGAAUGUUCUGUAUGGGACUGUGAGCUUUCCUUCCCAGAGAAAUUAAAUCCUGGAUGCUUUACUGUAUGAGACCUGGGAAUAAAGACAAGAGACUCUCUGCCACAAAUAGAAACCCAUUCAUUUAUUUCCACUGCUAUCUUACUGGGUUAUCAAAUGCUACUGGUUGGUCUUGUUGACAGUCAACUGGAUGACAAUAAAAAAUGAAAAUAAGAGAUUCAAAA